AUAAGGUUAUAAAUUAGGUGAAAAGGAGACUGGAGUGCCACUUUAAGAGUAGUCCCUGUACCGGUUAGUCCGGUUAGUCCCCACCCAAACACCAGCGUACCCUGUCUGCCUGAAAAUGGAAACCGAUUGGUGGAAACGAGGACAGAGGCUGCUGUAGUGUACCUGGGCACACUGCUUGCGGGGCUGAAUAAUUAUUGGACUAGGCUACACGCGAAAUCAGAUCACUUUUCUCCAAAAUAAUUGGAAGAAAGAAGUAGCCUACUAAAGUCGGGAGGCAGUCGAUCCAAAUGUUUUGUCCAUAAACUUUUUUGAACUUUUCCUAUUGUUAAGAAUGAACAACUACACUGCACAAAAUGUCCAUUGAUUAUAGGACAAGGGCUGCUCCGCUGCCACUCUACUGAGAAGGUAUCACGUCGCCAUGACGGAGAAGGACACGCCUUCCUUGGCUGUGACCAAGGCUGCUCUGUCCUCGGACUCAGAGAAGGGAGGAGGUGGAGUUGGAGAGGGACAGCCUGAUGCCAGUAGUACCUACUCUGAUCUAUCGGCACUGGCCAACCUGUUUGAGAGUGAAGAGGGCUCCCAGUCAACUCCGGACCUGCCCCAGGACCCUGCUCAGAAUCUAGCCCGACCAGGCCAGCUGCAGCCAGGGGACGGCCGACAGAACCUUCGCAUGAAAUUCCACGGGGCCUUUAAGAAGGGCAUCUCCAACCCCAUGGACUUGCUGGAGUCUACCAUCUAUGAGUCACCCGUGGUGACUGGCCCCAAGAAAGCCCCCAUGGACUCACUCUUUGACUAUGGCUCCUACAGUCACACCAACAACAAGAAGCAAGGCAGGAAGAAGCUCCUACGAGGUAAGACUGAGAUGUCCUGCGAUGAAGGUGUGGAGCCUACAGGCUCAGAUCCACCCAUGGUGAUUAAAGAGUUUAACCGCACGCUGCUCUUCGAUGGCGUGUCACAGGCCGACCCAGAGGCCCUUUCAGGCCUGCUGGAGUACCUGCAGGGCCACGACAAGAGGCUCACCGACGAGGAGUUCAAAGAACCUUCUACAGGUAAGACGUGCCUGCCUAAAGCCCUUCUGAACCUGUACAAUGGUCAGAAUGACACCAUCCCUCUGCUGAUGAAUAUCGCAGAACAGACGGUCAACCUCCAUGAUUUCAUCAACACACCCUUCAGAGAUGUCUACUACAGAGGCCAGACGGCGCUCCACAUCGCCAUCGAGAGGCGCUGUAAGCAGUAUGUGGAGCUGCUGGUGGAGAAAGGGGCAGAUGUCCACGCCCAGGCCCGCGGACGCUUCUUCCAACCCAGGGACGAGGGGGGCUACUUCUACUUUGGCGAGCUGCCUCUGUCGCUGGCAGCGUGCACCAACCAGCCAAACAUGGUACACUACCUGACCGAGAAUGCCCACAAGAAAGCCGACCUUAGACGACAGGACUCACGCGGCAAUACUGUGCUGCACGCCCUGGUGCACAUCGCUGACAACACUCGGGACAACACCCGCUUCCUCACUAAGAUGUAUGACCUGCUGCUGACCAAGUGUGCCAAGCUCUACCCAGAAGGCAGUCUUGAGGACGUGCUCAACAACGACGGCAUGUCGCCCCUCAUGAUGGCGGCCAAGCUGGGAAAAAUUGGGGUUUUCCAGCACAUAAUUCGCAGGGAGAUCAAGAACGAGGAGGCGCGUCACCUCUCGCGGAAGUUUAAGGACUGGGCGUACGGCCCCGUGUACUCCUCCCUGUACGACCUCUCCUCCCUGGACACCUGUGGAGAGGAGGUGUCCGUGCUAGAGAUCCUGGUCUACAACAGCCGCAUUGAGAAUCGCCAUGAGAUGCUGGCUGUGGAGCCCAUCAACGAGCUGCUGAGAGCCAAGUGGCAGAAGUUUGCUGCCGUCACCUUCUACAUCAGUGUUGUGUCCUACCUGGUGACCAUGAUCAUCUUCACCCUGGUGGCCUACUACCGCCCAUCCCAGGGAACGCCUCCGUACCCCUAUACCACCAACACAGACUACCUGCGUAUGGUAGGGGAGAUUGUCACCCUGUGCUCUGGAGUCUUUUUCUUCCUCACCAAUAUUAAGGACCUCUUACUGAAGAAAUGCCCUGCGGUGAACUCAGUAUUUGUCAAUGGAUCUUUUCAACUGCUCUACUUCAUCUACUCUUUGCUGGUGAUAGUGACUGCAGCCCUCUACCUGUCGGGUAUCGAGGCCUAUGUGGCUGUGAUGGUGUUUGCGCUGGUCCUGGGCUGGAUGAACACUCUCUACUUCACCAGAGGCCUGAAGCUCACCGGUACCUACAGCAUCAUGAUACAGAAGAUUCUCUUCAAAGAUUUGUUCCGGUUUCUGCUGGUCUACCUGCUCUUCAUGAUUGGAUACGCAUCAGCUCUAGUGUCCCUCCUGACAGUGUGCCCCGGGCCGGAAGAGGUGUGUCCAGAGAAAGGUGGCUGCCCCACAUACCCCCAGUGCCGGGACACAAACACCUUCAGCAAAUUCCUGUUGGACCUGUUCAAACUGACCAUCGGGAUGGGCGAUCUGGACAUGGUCAGCAGGACUCAGUACCCGGCUGUCUUCCUCAUCCUGCUGGUCACCUACAUCAUACUCAGCUUUGUUCUACUGCUCAACAUGUUGAUCGCUCUGAUGGGAGAGACGGUGAGCCAGGUGUCCAAGGAGAGCAAGAAGAUCUGGAAGCUGCAGUGGGCUACGACCAUCCUGGACAUCGAACGCUCCUUCCCUGUGUGUCUGCGGAAGUCCUUUCGGUCUGGGGAGAUGGUGACAGUGGGGAAGAACUGGGACGGCACCCCUGACUGCCGCUGGUGCUUCAGGGUGGAUGAGGUCAACUGGUGCCACUGGAAUCAGAACCUGGCCAUAAUCAAUGAAGACCCGGGCAAGAACGUAACAGAGACCCUCCAAACCUCCAGUACAGUUCAUCAAACUGUCCGUGGCCUGAGGAGAGAUCGUUGGUCCACGAUGGUGCCGCGGGUUAUGGAACAGAAUAAAAGGCAGCAACCACGGGAUCUAGUAUUGGAAAUGGAGCCACUGACCUCCAGACAUUGAACCUGUGCAGAGCCAAUGGGGGGCCCCGGGUCCUUAAGAACACCCUGCAGAUCAGAGGUCAUCAUACUCAAACGGACAAAACAGUGUUGGGCCACAAAGUUUGCCACUUUGCACAAGAUUCUGUUGCCAAAAAUAUGUAUUUAAGUAUUAUAAGAAAAUUGAACAGAUUUUUAGAUCGUUAUGAAUCUAACGUAUGUUCAAGCCAACCAUUCAUUGCUCUAAAUAGGAUUCUACUUGAUGGUAUUAACCCAGGGGGAAGGUGCAUCUUUACCUGGUCGCUGGUUCAAAUCCCCGAGUUGACUAGGUGAAAAAUGUUAAUGUGCCUUGAGCUAGGCACCUGUAUGUACAGUUGAAGUUGGAAGUUCACAUACACCUUAGCCAAAUACAUUUAAACUCAGUUUUUCACAAUUGCUGACAUUUAAUCCUUGUAAAAAUUCCCUGUCUUAGGUCAGUUAGGAUCACCACUUUUAUUUUAAGAAUGUGGAAUGUCAGAGUAAGAGUAGAGUGAUUUAUUUCAGCUUUAAUUUCUUUCAUCACAUUCCCAGUGGGUCAGAAGUUUACAUACUCAAUUAGUAUUUUGUAGCAUUGCCUUUAAAUUGUUUAACUUGGGUCAAACGUUUCAGGUAGCCUUCCACAAACUUCACACAAUAAGUUGGGUGAAUUUUGGCCCAUUCCUCCUGACAGAGGUGGUGUAACUGAGUCAGGUUUGUAGGCCUUCAUGCUCGCACACGCUUUUUCAGUUCUGCCCACAAAUUUUCUAUACGAUUGAGGUCAGGCCUUUGUGAUGGCCAUUCCAAUACCUUGACUUUGUUGUCCUUAAGCCAUUUUGACACAACUUUGGAAGUAUGCUUGUAGUCAUUGUCCCUUUGGAAGACCCAUUUGCGACCAAGCUUUAACUUCCUGACUGAUGUCUUGAGAUGUUGCUAUAAUAUAUCCACAUCAUUUUCCUACCUCAUGAUGCCAUCAAUUUUGUGAAGUGCGUCUCCUUCCUGAGCGAUCUGAUGGCUGCGUGGUCCUAUGGUGUUUAUACUUGCGUACUAUUGUUUGUACAGACGAAUGUGGUACCUUCAGGCUUUGGGAAAUUGCUUGUGGUCUACAUUUUUUUGGGGCUGAUUUCUUUUGAUUUUUCCAUGAUGUCAAGCAAAGAGGCACUUGGUUUGAAGGUAGGCUUGAAAUACAUACAACAGGUACACCUCCAAUUGACUCAAAUGAUGUCAAUUAGCCUAUCAGAAGCUUCUGAAGCCAUGACAUCCUUUUCUGGAAUUUUACAAGCUGUUUAAAGGCACAGUCAUCUUAGUGUAUGUAAACUUCUGACCAACUGGAAUUGUGAUACAGUGAAUUAUAAAUUAAAUAAUAGUCUGUAUAAAAUUGUUGGAAAAAUUUCCUAACCGACUUGCCAAAAUUAUAGUUUCUUCACAAAAAAAUUCUGGAGUGGUUGGAAAACGUGUUUUAAUGACUCCAACAUACAGUAUGUAUGUACAGUUGAAGUUGGAAGUUAACAUACACUUAGGUUGGAGUCAUUAAAACUUGUUUUUCAACCACUCCAAAAAAAUUCUUGUUUACAAACUAUAGUUUUGGCAAGUCGGUUAGGACAUCAACUUUGUGCAUGACACAAGUCAUUUUUCCAACAACCAAAUCAUGCACCCAGGGGGAGCCCCAAGACCGAGUUUGGGAAACCCUGUACUAAAAGACAACUAGAGUUAUUGUUAUACAGUGCCUUCGGAAAGUAUUCAGAUCCCUUGACUUUUUCCACGUUUUGUUAAGUUUUUAAAAAUCUACACACAAUACCCCAUAAUGACAAAGCGAAAACUGUUGCUAAUUUAUUAAAAAUAAAAAACAGAAAUACCUUAUUUACAUAAGUAUUCAGACCCUUUGCUAUGAGACUCGAAAUUGAGCUCCGGUGCAUCCUGUUUCCAUUGAUCAUCCUUGAGAUGUUUCUACAACUUGAUUGGAGUUCACCUGUGGUAAAUUCAAUUGAUGGGACAUGAUUUGGAAAGGCACACCUGUCAAUAUAAGGUCCCACAGUUGACAGUGCAUGUCAGCGCAAAAACCAAGCCAUGAGGUUGAAGAAAUUGUGUUGAGGUACGUAUCUGGAAAAGGAUACAAAACAUUUCUGCACCAUUGAAGGUCCCCAAGAACACAGUGGCCUCCAUCAUUCUUAAAUGGAAGAAGUUUGGAACCACCAAGACUCUUCCUAGAGCUGGCCAAACUGAGCAAUCAGUUUGGUAGAAGGGCCUUGGUCAGGGAGGUGACCAAGAACCCAAUGGUCACUCUGACAGAGUUCCAGAGUUACUUUGUGGAGAUGGGAGAAACUUCCAUCUCUGCAGCACUCCACCAAUCAGGCCUUUCUGGUAGAGUGGCCAGACGGAAGCCACUCCUCAGUAAAAGGCACAUAACAACCAGCUUGGAGUUUGCCAAAAGGCACUUAAAGACUGAGAAACAAGAUUCUCUGGUCUGAUUGAACACUUUGGUCUGAAUGCCAAGUGUCAUGUCUGCAGAGAAGAAUGUGAGAAACUAGCCAAAUACAGGUGUGCCAAGCUUGUAGCGUCAUACCCAAGCAGACUCGAGGCUGUAAUCGCUGCCAAAGGUGCUUCAAAAAAGUACUGAGUCAAGGGUCUGAAUACUUAUGUAAAUGUGAUAUAUAUACAGUGCCUUGCGAAAGUAUUCGGCCCCCUUGAACUUUGCGACCUUUUGCCACAUUUCAGGCUUCAAACAUAAAGAUAUAAAACUGUAUUUUUUUGUGAAGAAUCAACAACAAGUGGGACACAAUCAUGAAGUGGAACGACAUUUAUUGGAUAUUUCAAACUUUUUUAACAAAUCAAAAACUGAAAAAUUGGCCGUGCAAAAUUAUUCAGCCCCCUUAAGUUAAUACUUUGUAGCGCCACCUUUUGCUGCGAUUACAGCUGUAAGUCGCUUGGGGUAUGUCUCUAUCAGUUUUGCAAGGCACUGUAUAUAUAUAUUUUGUUUUGCAACAAUUUCGAAAAAUAUUGGGUGUGGAUUAUUAUAAUGUAUAUGUAUAUUUUAAACCUUUAUGUAACUAGGCAAGUCAGUUGAGAACAAAUUCUUAUUUACAAUGAUGGCCUACACCGGCCAAACCCGGAUGGCGCUGGGCCAAUUGUGCGCCGCCCUAUGGUACUCCCAAUCACGGACCGUUGAGAUACAGCCCGGAUUCAGACCAGGAUGUCUGUAGUGAUGCCUCAAGCACUGAGAUCCAGUGCAUUUGACUGCUGCGACACUCGGAAGGGAGAAAAAAACAAUUUAAUCCAUUUUAGAAUAAGGCAACAGUACAGAAUGUCACCUUUUCAUUUGAGGGUAUUUUCAUACAUAUCUGUUUUACAGUUUAGAAAUGAAGCGCUGUAUGUAUCUAGUCCCCCCAUUUGAAGGUGUCAUAAGUAUUGGACAAAUUCACUUCAAAAGUCUAGUAUUUGGUCCCUAGCAUGCAAUGACUCCAUCCCGUGAUUGGGACUGUGCAAAGCUGUCACCAAGGCAAAGGGUGGCUACUUUGAAGAAUCUCAAAUUUAAAAUAUAUUUUGAUUUCUUUAACACUUUUUUUGUUUACUAUGUAGAAAAUAGUAAUAAUAAAGACAAACCCUUGAAUGAGUAGGUGUUCUAAAACUUUUGACCGGCAGUGUAUGUCUCUGAACACUUAAUUAAUUAGGAUGCUACCAAGUAAGAAAGUAAUUAAGAAAGUUAUAGAUGCAGAAAGAUCACACCCCCUAAACAUGAUGACCUCUUACCAUAACCAAUAACAGGAGAGGUUAUCAUUUUUUUGGGUAUGAUAUUUAUGCUUUUCUAAACAUAUUAUAUUGUUAUUUACAAUAAAAAUGACUCCAAAAUGACACAAUACAUUAUUUAGCAUUAAUUUAUAUUGUAGAGUCACAUAAUUCAUGUAGUCAUUGCAUGCUAGGAAUAUGGGACCAAAUACUAUUACUUCUGACUCAAUUUAAUUAACUUUAAGUGAACUUGGCCAAAUACAUAUGACACCUUCAAAUGGGGGGGACCAGAUACAUAAAGUGCUUGCAUUUCUAAAUGGUAAAACAGAUUUAUGAGAAUACCCUACAAUAAAAGGUGACAUUCUGUACUGUCGCCUCAUAAAACAUUUGAUCUCAAAACCAAAAUGCUGGAGUAUAGAGCCAAAUUAAAAGUUUUAAACGUCACUGUCCAAGGAAAUACAUUGGGGAGUGUAUGUACAUGUGUUUUUAGAGGUUUGGUGUUCUAUGAAAAUAUACCUUCAUUUAAGACUGAUCCAAUAUCACCCAGGGAAUGAUUUUGAAUAUGGAGGCAUUACUAUUGCAGUGAGGAAUAUUUAAGAUGUCAAUUUAAGAUUGGUGUUUUGAGGCCAUUUUGGGACAUUAUUGGAUGAAUGUCUUCCUAUGUGUUUCAAUGUUUUUUUAAUACAAUUCUUUAUACAUUUUGCAACAA